UUUUAAACCUUUUUUUUUUGGGGGGGGGCAGAUGUUUCAUAAUGUACAUUAUAUAUUCUCAUAGAUUCACAGAAUUUCAGAGCUGAAAGGGACUUCAGUGUCCGUCCAUUGCAACCCAUACAUGAAAGGAGGCCCUGCUUUGAGAAAAGAUACAUAGUUUGCAUAAAUAAAUAAAUAUUACUUAGACUGGAGAUGUGUGUUUGGGAGGCUCGAAAGGCCCUUACAACAUAGCUCACAUGCCUCUUCUAGGAAGAUUUCCCAAUGCUUGGCACGUGGAAAUGAUUAAUUAUCUGCUGAUUGAGCGAAUGUGGAGAAAGACAGCUCCCCAUCAAUGCCCACGGGCCCCUCUUGGAGCCUCUCCUCUGGGCCGCUCAUUUGUUGGUUCAUUCAUUCAGCAAGCAUUUAUCCAGCCCUUCCCGUGUGUCAGGCUCUGAAUAAACACAUGAGCUAUUUGAAUGACAUUGGUCACGAUAAAGCGCAUUCCCCGGUGUGAAUCAUGAUUUCCUCCCAGAAGCUCUGGGAGCAAGUUUGGGAGGUAAGGCAGGGAUGGCUGAUCCCUGUUUACAGAUGUGGGGAAACUGAGGCUUGGGGAAAGGGACUUGGGGGAGAAGAGCAGCUCGGUAUAACAGAAAAGUCACCGGGGGUUAGACUGGAGGACCUCUGAGGACCGUUUCCUAACCAGCGCCAGGCCUAGUCAGAACCAGCGGGAACCUCAGAAUUGUCCCGUGGACAGACGGAGAUAUUGAAGAGCUCGAUCUUGGAGGCUGGGGGAUGAGGAAGCAAGAAGGACUCUGGAACCGGGAGACCUUCCGCAGGAGAGGGGAUUCCCAGAAAUCUUAUUUGAUUCCUGCUUGUUGUGCAGGUGAGGAAAUGGAGGCCCAGAGGGAAGGACCGAGGUGACACAGAAAGCGCACUCUUGCAUCAUUCUGCUGUUCUAAGCCUUCACCAACGGCUCCAGUUGGUACCACCGGAGUGCUUCAGAUACCGGAGCCGACGGGACCCAGGGGCUGCUGGCCCUCAGAGGUCCCAGCUUCUGGGCGAACGCGGCCUCAGGCCGGUCCAGCCUCGCUGCUACUGACCUGAUCAUCAGACACCUGCUGCAAAUGGAGGGGACCAGCCUGGGCUCCGCUCCUGGGCCGGAGCCAGAACCGGGGCCGCCCGUGGACCUGAGCUCCCUGCCUGUGGAGGUGUGGCUGCAAAUCCUGAUGCACGUGCCCCCCCGGACUCUGGUGACCCGAUGCCGGGCCGUGUGCCGUCAGUGGCGGGCACUGGUGGAUGGACCAAGACUAUGGCGCCUCCUCUGGGCCCAGGCCAAGGAUGCUCCAAGCCAGGCGCUGCUUGUGGCUACUCACCGCUGCCCGCCUGCCGCCAGGCCCUGUUCCUGGGCCCGCCUGGGCAUCCUGGGGCCCCUGGCUCGGAACCUGCUGCAGAACACCUGCGGGGAGGAGGGGUUCCGCAAAUGGAAAGUGAAAGACGGCGGAGACGGCUGGAACGUGGAGCGGAACCUGAGGCCCGUGCCCGGGGCCCCGGCCCAGACCUGCUUCGCAUCUUCCUUCAGGUGGUGCCAGAAGCGGCAGGUGGUGAACCUUCUCGCCCAGGGGCUGUGGCCGGAGCUGCUGGACGACCCCCGCGCAGAGAUCCACGUCAGCGACUGGUGGGGCGCCCGAAGCGACUGCGGCAGCCAGUACUGGCUCCACGUCAGACUGGUGGCGGCCAACGGACGCACCGUCCUGGCCAGGUUUGAUGCUGAGCCCGAGCCCAUCCCCUGCCCCAAUGACAACCCCUACCUGCAGGUCUCCCACGUCUUCACCAACUUCCCGAACGGCGUCCGUUACGUCAUUUUUGAACACGCCGGCAAAGACACCCAGUUCUGGGCCGGGCACUAUGGCGCCCGCGUCACUCACUCCUGCGUCAAGGUCUACUUUAGGGCCCCCUGACGGCCCGGGACCCUGGGGAAAGCCACACACACCCCCUCCCCUCCGGCGCUUCCCUCCCUCCCCUCAGCACACUUCCCCUCCCAAGGGAGACCCCCGUUCUGCUCGGACCCUCGGAAAAUGAACCAGGAAGGGGAGGGGAUGGUGGAGAAAAUUAAGGGGGUGGAGUAGUGAGGGAAGCGUGCUCAGGGCAGGCCAGUAAAUAAAUGUUCAAUUAUCAAAUUAAA